AUCGAUCAAAGGCGACUCUCUAGAAUAUAUGAUCUAGACGAUGCCGCUGGCAAAAUUGUACAACCUUGUGUGAUCCAAGUUUCCGAGAUUAUACGAAGGCUUUGGCGACAGCCUGUGUGAGAGCAGGCCAAAUUUGAGCUCUGUUGGCAAUGUUUCAGCACAUAAAAGCAAGCCGUAUUUCCACUCUCCCCUUCAUUGAUUUGAUCCCAUAUCACGCCCUCACACAAAAAAUGCAUUUCUUCUUCGUUCUCGCCGUUGUCACUGCUCUGACUGCAACAGUAUCUGCCAAUGAUGCUGACUGUCACAGUCAUUGCGACGAUUCACACCCGUGCUGUCCUAGUCAGAACUGCUUCACGCAAUAUGACACAAAGCACUUAACAGUGACCCGAGUUUGUAUGUAAUAUGUCGCGACAGUGGAUUACAUUCGUUGAGGAAUAG